UUACCUCCACCUUGAAACUCAUAACAAUAGCAACGGUUGGAACCAAAUCCUUGAAUUCUGACUAUUUAUUUAGCUGUUCUUCACUACUUUAUGCAAAUUCGCCCACAAAAUAUAUCCCAUAUCAUACAUGUGACUCAAUACAAAAGACAUAGCUUCAAAUGCCAUUAGAAAUAACAUGAUGAGCAGAGCAUCCUUAGUGGUGGAGCGCAAGAUCCUUCGCCUCCUCCAUGGCCAGAAAACUCGAUGCAACCUCCGGCAAAUCCAUGCUCAUUUCAUCUGUCAAUGUCUUCACCAAUCCAACCAAAUCCUUUCCCAUUUUGUAUCUGUUUGUGGUCACCUCAACAAAAUGGACUACGCGAACCUUGUGUUUUUGCAGACCCACAACCCCAACAUUUUGCUUUUUAACUCCAUGAUCAAAGGGUACUCCCUUAAUGGUCCCUUUGAAGAAGCUGUUACCUUGUUUUCUUUAAUGAAAGCUCACGGGAUUUUUCCCGAUGAAUACACGUUUUCGCCUUUGCUGAAGGCAUGUUCGGGUCUUUGUGAUGUAAGAAUCGGACAAUGCAUUCAUGGGGAAGUUCUUAGAUCUGGGUUCGAGCUUUUUGGCUCGGUUCAGGUUGGGGUUCUGGAGUUAUACAGUUCUAGUGGGAGAAUGGAGGAAGCAAAGAAGGUGUUUGAUGGAAUGUCUAAAAGGGAUGUCAUCAUUUGGAAUUUGAUGAUUCGUGGGUUUUGCAAGAGAGGGGAUGUUGAUUUGGGGUUAAGUUUAUUUAGGCAGAUGAGCGAGAGGAGUGUAGUUUCAUGGAAUUCGAUGAUUUCUUACUUAGCACAGAGUGGGAGGCAUAGUGAAGCUUUGGAACUUUUUCACGAAAUGAGGGAGCUGGGGUUCCAACCUGAUGAAGCUACCGUGGUUAUUGUUUUGCCUAUUUGUGCUCAUUUAGGGGAUGUUAAUAUUGGUCAAUGGAUUCAUUCUUAUGCCGAGUCAAGCAAGCUUUAUCGAAACGUGAUUUCCGUGGGAAAUGCAUUGGUUGAUUUUUAUAGUAAGGGUGGAAAUUUGGAAACGGCCCUUCAGGUUUUCAAAGAUAUGCCUUGUAAGAACGUUGUGUCAUGGAAUACCAUGAUCUCAGGUCUGGCUUUUAAUGGAAGAGGAGAACUUGGAGUGGAGUUGUUUGAGGAGAUGAUAAACAAUGGUGAGAGGCCUAAUGAUGCGACUUUUAUAGGGGUGCUAACAUGCUGUACACAUGCAGGGUUGCUUGAAAAAGGGCAAGAGUUGCUUGAUUUAAUGAGCAAAAAUUACCAUAUUGAUCCUAAACUUGAGCAUUAUGGAUGCAUGGUUGAUCUCCUUUCACGCGGUGGAUGCGUGAGAAUGGCUUAUGACCUGAUUAGGAGCAUGCAUAUUCAGCCUAAUGCUACUUUAUGGGGUUCUUUGCUCAGUGCUUGUCGCACUUAUGGUGAACUAGAGCUUGCAGAACUUGCUGUUAAAGAACUUAUCAAUCUUGAACCAUGGAAUUCAGGUAAUUAUGUAUUGUUGUCAAACAUUUAUGCAGAAGAAGGGAGAUGGGAUGAAGUAGAGGAAAUAAGAGUAUUGAUGAGGGAAAAGAGUGUUAAAAAAGCAGUAGGGCAAAGCAUGACAGGGUGAUUACAUUCUAAUCGUUGUACUAUAUGAUUUUGAUAAUUAUAGAAUCUGAACCUGCUUCCUUUCCCUCUAUUUAGAUACUUUAUAUUUUGUUCCACCACCAAAUGCCAAAAGCUUAAACUGUAGAAUCUUUUGGAGAUUUCCUUGUUUUAUUCUCUGAGAAUUAAAUUAGGCGGGGCCUUAAUAUCACACAUAGAUACCAAUCGUAUAGAUCUCUAAAGUGAUUGGUUUUAUCCUAACCUUAACAUCAUAUAAAUAGAUGGAAACCAUUCUGUUAUCAAAAAGAUGGAAAAGGUUUGGACUUUGACACAAUAUCAGCAAGAAUAACCAAUCAACAUUAGUCUCUGAGAGAACUGGCUUCAUUAACUUUCGUCAAUGGGGUUUUAAGUGGCGAUAUCAGGAUACUGCCUGUAAAAAGCUUCUGCCUUUUACAUUAUUUUCGUCAUGCAGAUCAUAUUAGGUAUAAAAAUAUUCCAUAUCUUAUCACAUUUAUUGAUGCUGCACGUACAAAUGAUAUUGAGAAGAUUGAUUUUCGUAUUGCAAUUGAUUGUAACUUUCUAGCUAUCAAGAUGCCUCCUACCGUUUUUCAAUGCCAAAAGCUGGUAAUCUGAAAUUUAGAUUGCAUUUAUAGAGCUGUUAUCUGUCUGGAUGCCCCCCAAAAGGUCAGUUUUUGAAGUCUUAAGAAUCUCCAUCUUGCUAAAGUCCUCCUAUUUGAGGAUAAAAACUCAUUGAAGAAUCUUUUAUCAGGCUGUCUGGUUCUUGAAGAACUAUGUAUGGAACUCAGACAAUCAGAAUCUGAUUUUAGUAAAAACCAGAAGUUUUCUGUUAUUUCACCUGCAUUGAAGAUUCUAAGAUGGCAACGUUUAGGACAUUCUGAUAGAUUUGGUAGUUUUUUAUGUUGUUGAAGCACCAAAACUUGAAUAUCUUGAUCUUGUGGAACAUUCUCUGCUGGGUUUUUGAAUGAGUGCUUCAACCUCUUUAACUUUUUGGGUUACCUUAUCAAUCAUGAAGCUUUUCCAAGGCAUCUCCAAUGCUCAAAACUUGAAUUAUCCACACGCCUUACAUUUGCUUCCUCCAGAUGGUUGAGGAAGAGCUUGAUAAUUUACCCAAGUUCUGCAAUUUGAUCCAUUUGAAAAUAUGAAGUUGCCCAGAUAUGCAUUUUGUUCUUCCAUACUUCAACAUUCACCUCAUUUGAUGCAUUUAAUCUUUGAUAAGGAUCACGUCAUCCAUGGACCAUUAACCAGGAGGUCUCCAGGGUCGGUUCCAAUGUAGUACAAUUCUUUUCUGAUACAUUGAUAGGAAACGGUAUUACUCUGCUUGACUUAAAGGGGAAUUAGAGCUUCAAGACUUAGUGGUCUAAGAGCUUAUCAAUUCAUAGGGGAGGGGUUCAUAAGAUAAUAGAGGGGACCUGGUGCAUCCUCUUUUGAUUCAUUCCUAUACAUUGCACACAAUUUAAUUAAUUGGACGCCAACUUUGAGGGAUUUUUGGUUCAUGAAAGAUGAAAGGAUCCAAUAUGAAUUGUAUUGGUCUCUUCUCUGCUACUAUAAAUUACUACUUUUCCGCACUCCAUUCCAUCCAUCUAUCCAUAGUCGCAAAAAUUGCCCUUUGCCUUAUUUAUAACAUCUCAAUUCCUGAAGCUAGCAGUGAAAGCAAAAAUGGAAAGGAAGAGCUGCUGCGGUUCCAGGAACUAUGUAUGCACCCCAAAGAAGGAAGCAAUGGUGACUCCAAAGAAGGAAGAAGAUGUGAAACCUGAUAUUACCAAGGGAGGCCAUCAUGCUGCACCAGUUCCAGUACCUGCUGCUGUGGUGAAAAUACCCAAGAAGGAAGAGAAUGAGACCGUCAGUGUUAAGAAUGAGGCUUCUAAGCCUAAUGUUGGUUGUGGUGGGUGUAACUAGUCAUUUUUAUAUCUAGAAACAAAGUUAGAGGGGAGCCCAUAUCACAUACUAUUCUUAUACAGUUAAUAUAUUAUAGUCGAAAACUAGCUUCUCACUGCUAUUUUAGAAAGAAUAUUGUCAUGUUUCAGUAAUACCCCUCAAAUUACAAAUGUUUAUAUAAAGAGGUCUAGUUACCGAAGUCUAUAGGGUAUAAGCUGCCUCAUCCUAUCAUGUAAGAGAAUAAUAUCUUAUUUACUAUUUAUCUCAACUAAAACUCUUAAAUCUUUAAAAGAUUACA